AUGAAAAUUUUAAGUUUAAUGGGCGACCAAUUUCAGUUGAUUAGAGAUGUUCACUCGAAGAAGCUGCCAUUAUCUGCAUUGCAUGAUAUCUCUGCAGAUUCGUUUGAGCGUGACGAAGACGGGCGAUCGCCGCUGCAUCAUGCAGCUUCGUUGAAGGAUCAUGAAAUUGUUGCUUUUUUUCUGUCUAAUGGCCAUUCUCCUGCUACCAAGGAUGACGAGGGAUGGACCUCUCUUCACAUCGCGGCCUCUCAAAAGGAUAUUGGCACUUCAAAACUGCUGCUGGCCACCUCAAGUGCGGAUCAGCCCGCUCUUGUUGGAUUUGUAAACAUUCAAUCGUCCUCUGGAAUGACUGCCCUACAUUAUGCAUGUUCAAAGCAAUCCAUUGAGCUCGUGAGUUUGCUCUUGAACGCGUCGGCGGAUCCCAAAAUCAAAAAUAACUUGGGCCAAAAUCCUGCACAUCGGGCCGCAGCGGUGGGCAAUCUCGAUAUCAUCAAAAUGCUGCACUCAACGUGCCCAUCGAGCAUCAAAGAGACAGAUAGCGAAGGAAGCUCUGUUUUGGAAAUUGCAAAUGAAAAUGGACAUCACGAUUUGGCCGCCUAUUUAGAAAACAUGAUAAACCACUAA